AAAUUUACUUUUGGGAAUUCUUUUUUGACAGGCCGUGGUGAAGUGAUUCUUAUUGUAUAGAAUAACUGAAGUACAAUUAUCAGAUUCUUGGCACGCUUCUGUUCGGCCUUGUGGUUUGAAGAGAGAGGAUUCUUGCUCGUGGGAAAACCAUAAUUUCUGCGAGCAUAGUGUCCUCUCUCAUAUGGAUUUCUUAUUUCUGGAAGAAAGAAUUUUCUUCAUGGGAAUGCCUGAUAUGUUGGGUUUUCAUUGAUGAUUUUGGGAAGUUAUUGUUGACUGCUGAGUCCGAACAAGAAAGAACUAAGAAGGCAGCAUUAUCAUGGGUGCGGUGUGUUCCUGUUUGCAAGUGGAGGAUAUCUGUCCAAACAGUGACAUUUACGGACACUGUAUAUGCAUCAGCUGCUUUGUUCAGCAGUUCUUAAAUGUGUGGUAGAGUUUGGGUCUGCAUUUCAAUAACCUUAGCUGCUGAUCUGGGAGACCCUUUUACAGGAUUGAGCAGGCCCAAUUAUCUUCCUCAUCAGUAUACUGCAUUAUUCCAAAGAGGGGAAAUGCAUGCAGUCCCUUCAUCCAUUCAAGGAGUAAAUCCUUUGGCUUCGGCUGGACUAACCGCACCUUCAGUUGACAACUCUCCACUGGACACGUACCGUGCUCCUAUGAGGCCUUUGCCUUAUGAUGCCGAUCCAAGAUGUUCUCGCCUACAGCGUGAUGGAUGGCUCUCAAGGCAUGGGAAGGCCUCCAGUCAUUUCAAUGAGGAAACGGAACCACUUAGAAGCAGCAGCUAUUCAGGAUCACUCAGUGUAGCAGACAAAUGGACUGGAUCUUCAAUGAAGCACCAAUCAGCGAAAGUGACCAGUGGUGAUGCAUAUAUACUGUCUUCCUCAGAAGAUGAAGAUGUUUGCCCCACAUGUCUUGAAGAAUAUACACCUGAAAACCCCAAGAUAAUGACUCGGUGCUCUCAUCAUUUUCACCUUGGUUGUAUAUACGAGUGGAUGGAAAGAAGUGAAAGCUGUCCCAUCUGUGGCAAGAUGAUGGCAUUCGAUGAGACCAUGUGAUCAUAUGGUGGGGAAUCCAAGCUUCUGUGGAAUUGGAAGAUGACUGAAAGGCCAUGUAGCUGCGAUGUGCCCAGGUGAAGUUAUCGACUUAGUAGCUUGAGGAAUUUCUGCAUGUCUCAUGCACAUCCACAUGCUGCCCUGCCAUGCUUGGGACAACCGUGCUGUUCGUCAAGUGGAGCUGACUAUGUAAAUGACCUGGCCCAAAAAAAAAAACAGGUAGUUCAACUCAUCAUGCAAGCACACAUGUACAAAAAAAAAAAAAAAAAGAACGUUCAGAAAACAACAACAAAAAAUUAAUAAUAAUAAUUAUCAAUGUUCAAUGACACCCGGCCCACCUGAUGACUUGACCCACAUGGUUUAUGGCCAGGGCAUCUACACGGUGGGGCCCACCUGAUACACAGCUAGAAUGUCCCAUGUAUGUGCCACGCUGGCACAUGGGUAUGUAGAAUUAGCAAACCUCAUGCAUAGCAACUCCCCCUCUGAAUGCGUCGUGGAUACAUGGACUAGAAACAGAUGUAGAAAGAAAAACCCUGUAACGAUGCCACAGGUGGAGAUGUAUCGGCUUUCUUCAUGAGGAAUUGUAUGGUCCAGCUCAUUAGCAAAAUGUGGGAUUCACUGACUUUAAGGAUUCCAUUCACUCAGGACAUUUUUCAACGAUUGAGACCGUUUAUUUGAUGGCCCAACACCCAGAAAAUCUCCUACAUUGGAAUGUAUCAACCCUUUGACAAUUGAGCUACGUUCCUUGCCUAUUGAUUGAGGGGUUAUAAUCUACCAAUCUUGAAUAAUUUUGAGACAGCCCCCAUGAGCUGCCUACCCCAUCAGACCAAUGGUUUGGAUCACCAACCAUGGCCCCACAUGCAUGGAAUCAUGCUAGUCAGAAAACUGCACAGUUGCUAAUGAACCAGACCCUACAACUCCUCUUUCUUCACUUGAUAUCUGUACAGUCCACUUUGCCACACUAUCAAAAAAUGCCAAUGAUAUGUAACCAUUGUCGAUAUGUAACCAUUGUCGGCAAUAUGUCUGACAUAUUACAAAUAAAAUUUCAUGAGAGAGGAUAUGGAAUUUUCUUGCAUUGUCCA